AUGGACUUAGACGCGGUGGUGGGCUUAGAAGAGCAAUUAUUAGCGCAGGGCUACGCUGAGGGAUAUCAGGACGGCCUGCGAUUGGGAAGGGAAGAGGGGAGAGAAACGGGCUUGGAGCAUGGGUUCAUGAUAGGGGACGAGCUGGGCUUCAUGUGGGGCUGUGCAGCCGCAUGGGAGCAAGUCAUCCAAUCAGCCCCCUCCACACGAUUCUCCCCCAGGGCAACCAAGGCCGUGCAGCAGCUGCAGCAACUCAUAUCUGACUUCCCUGUUACCAACCCCGAAGAUGACCAAUUUGACUCCCUGCUUGCACACAUCAGGGCUAGAUUCCGCCUCACCUGUUCCCUCAUGGGCCAGCCACACCUUGCUGCUUCCCUGCAUUCGCACCCUUCUCAGCAAACCAGCAGCUUUGAUUUCUAA